AACAAAGUCUGUUAUUUAAACACUUCUCAAAAAUCUUCCCAAAUACAUUGAUAACUGUAAUAGGUCUAUAAUUGAACAUAUUAUCUUUACUUCCAGAUUUAAAUAUUGGUGUCACUAUGCUUUCUUUAAAUUGGCGAGGAAUUACUGAGGAUUUGAAACAGAGGUUGAUAAUAUUACAAACUAUUUGUUGUAACACUAUGUUAUCCACUGGAGUUAGAAACAUAGAGUGAGCAAUGUUGACGACAUGAGGAUCUGAUGUAUCAAGAAUUGAGUAUUGAUCAAUUUGACUUGUUAUUUGCUCACCUAUAUCAACAAAAUAUUUAUUAAAAACACAGGCUAUAUCAGUGGGAGCGUCCAGCUGCCGAUUAUUGUGAUUAAUUGAUUUUACGUCAUUUUUUUUAUUUUGCCAGCAU